UGAGAGGCACGGGACUGUCUAUCCUAGAGCACAGGAGCCAAGGUUUCCUUAUAUAGAAGCAUUAGAAUUUACGUUUCAGUGGCUACUACUCUACAAACCGCUCUCUCCUUUCCUCUCUCUACAGCCAAGACACAAUGAAUGUUUACCAAACAGCAGAGAAGGAGGUCAUCUCAGGGCUGUCUUACAGGAAAAGAAGUGACAGUGUUAUAUGGAAUUAUGAAUGUACUGCCACCAUGGAGAUGAAUCCAGAGGGCCUACCUUCCCUGGACUACAGGGAAGAGGACCCCCCUCCCAACCAACACUUCAAGUACCACAGCAGCCUGCAGAACAUGAUCCCAUUCCGUUUCUCAAACAAGUCCAACCCCAUGGACGAUGCAGGCUUCUUCUCCUUCACCUCGUUUGCCUGGAUGACUCCCAUGAUGUGGAGCCUGUUCAGGAACCGACUGGACAAGAGCUCCCUGUCUCUGUCUUCUCAUGAUGGGGCCGAAACCAAUGGGAAGAGGUUCGAGAGGCUUUGGGAGGAAGAGGUAGCUAAGGUGGGACUAGAGAGAGCUCUGUGA